UCUCUAUUAUCGCCCACAUGAAGGAUGUCAUUCACCAUCAUUGCAGGACGUCCUUUAAAAUGGGGCAUCAACCUGAUGAGAAACUGUACUGUUCGGGCACCAAUUAUACACAGAAGGCAAAGUCAGGUGUUAUUGAUGCAGAGUCACAUAGACGUAUCACACAAGCUAAGGAUGUUUCCUCCCUGGUUACACCAGCUCUGUCAAAUCUCUCAGUUCCCGUUAUAACGCUCUUCCUUCAAAAAUUAGCUGAGUUGAACUCUGUUAAUGAGUUCAAAAUCCAAGUUGGACGCUACUUGACAAAUGAUCCCUAUUUUGUCGAGAUUAAGAAAGUUUUACAUUCAAAGGCAAUACAUAUGGAAACUGUUGAUUUGUUGCGGAAUCUAGAGUCCUUGUUAGCUCUUGUUGAGUCUGAGGAUUUCAUUAUUGAGUCCUUAGAAACACAAGUGACAUUUGUAAUGAAGAAUAUGCCAAUGCGACACCUCCUCAAAGUUUUGACAAUGUAUGAGCUCAAAGAGAAGAAUUCUCGACAGAAAAAACUAAACGCUGAUGCAAUUAGCUGGCUGGAUAAGAGAUGGCUUGAUAUAUCGAAUCCAAAAGACAUUGUUUCUUUCAUGUACUUUGCGCAGAGGCAAUUUAAUGGAAAUUCAACAGGAAGUGAUAUUUACGAAAAAUUGGAACUCCGUGCUUUAGAUCUUAUUGAGCGAAUGUCUAGUUUAGACCUCUACAGAGUCCUCUAUCAGCAGGCCAAGAGCGGAAGGAGAAAUGCAUCAUUGAAACGAAGCAUUGUGUAUCACCUGAAUAACAACACACUACCCCUAAGUGAUGUCCAGAUCAUGAAUCUACUCUACUCAUGUUGUAGACUCUCAAUAUAUGAUGAAACACUGCUAGAUAAAAUAUCAGAAAAAUUACUGUAUACCGACAUCUCAACAAGCAAAGUACGUACUUCAAUUAUUGUUUCACUUGGGUUGCUAAAAUGGCGACAUGUUGAAUUGUUAGAAUUGCUCGGGAAACAAAUCUCGAUGCCUGAGGGAACUGCCAAUGAGAUUGCUGCAAUGAUUGUAACGUGCGGAGCUGUGAAUUACAUGCCUUCUGCUGUUGAUGAUAACCUUGGGUCUUUGUUGAAUAGAGUUGAGCAUAUACGACAUGAGCAGCCUAAGCUUUGGUUAGAUGUUGUCUGGUCGCUGUGUGUUCUGGAGAAGGCAAAUGCCAUUACUGCCUCAACUGUUCUUGACAAGGAGUUUCACGCCCUACUACAAGAGCAUGAUGUUGUUAAAUUAAUGACUAUACAAAGCAAGUUAAAGGAUGUCAAUAAUUGUGCCAUGGGUGAAUUGACCGACUAUGAGGGACCUUACCUCAAAGACAAUAACAACAUCAACAACUCUCAUAGCCAGAGUAAAGCUCGUCCUUCCAACCUGGCGUUGUUUGUCCUGUCUGAUCUGAGGCACAUUGUGCCCAGUGAGAAGUACUUCAAUUGGAACACUUCUAGCUCUAGAGGCUAUCAUAUAGACAUUGAGUUGAUAGUAGAUAGUGAAGGUCGCCCUCUGAAGCUGGAAGAUCAUGAGUCAUCAAUACAAGGGGACCAAGACCAAGCAAUGCAAGAGGGUCAGAAUGUGUUUAGGCUAGCUGUUAAAGUUCUUGACUUCAGUGAUAUGACGUUGAAGGUGGUUGUGCCAAAUGGUCUCAAUGCCUUGUCUAUCAGACAGCUCACCAAUGAGGGCUACACUAUGGUUGAGGUUCCCUUUUUUGAAUACAGCAAGCUGACCACUACUUUAAGCAGAGUACAAUAUCUCCAGGGAAAAAUUCAUGCAGCAGUCUCUUCCUGACCAAUCUCAACUUAGGUGAUUUUAGUUAAGAUUUUUGCACAACAGUGUCAUCCUGAUGGGGAAAAGUUCUGUAUGUGUAUAUUGUUAUUUAUUGUUGAUUUAAUUGUGGACAUUAGAAUUGAAAGAGUUAUGUUUAAUCAAUAUAAAUAUCCAAUUCAAUUAAAACCAACAGGCUUGUGUGAAAAUUAAUACAAUAAAGAGUCUGUAGGCGUUGCAGAUUUCACCCAAAGCUUAUCAUUGUUUGUCUCUGUGUUUGUGUUCUGAGAGCAAAAAAAGAUCAAUUGUUAGCCUGUUAGGAAGCAUUAGGUAUUGACCAUUCCUUGCACAAAGAAGUCACAGGGUGCUUUGUCGAGCCAUUCAUACAAAAUACAU